AUGAAUACACCUAAACCUGUCUUACCAGGGAUCAAAAUUGUUGACGGCAGUGAAGCAGAGUCUCACAUCCAGAAGACGGCAGCCGAGGAUCAGAAAUAUCAACAAAGUCCUUUCAUGGCUGCCGGAGUCUUCAAGACUUGUCAAAGGCCCAAGUUGUCACAUAGCACCGCCGGAGAGCCAACACAACUGACUGUCGUUUCACCAAGAACAGGCAUAACCAAGGCCACUACCUUUGUCGAUCAUGACAGCACAGAGCACUCUUUACUCCAUAGUGAGCUGAUGGAUACCGCUUACCAUUCCGGAUACAGCGAACACAAGUUCGACCACGCCACCGAAGAUGCUUCCUUUAUGACUGAAGCAGAGGGGGUCCGUACCCGAACAAAUGCACUGGAUACAAGUCUCAGAGUUGACCUCGAGCAUGCCGUCAACCUUAGCUGGGAUCUUGCCCAGAUUGGCGCUUUUGUUGACGAUGAGGAGGGGCUUACCGAAGCUCUUCUUGCCGCACCAGAUGAAGUCCUCGACAUCGUGGCGGCGAGGUUGGAAGCUAUAUUGAAGAAGGCCGAAGACGUCCUUUCGAAGCUCCAAGUGGCGUUCGAGAGUAUCGAGUAUAGUCAUGUCUGA